GCCGUGUCCCCGCUACAAGCAAGGCCUACUGAGAUAUGAAGGCAAGCAAGUCCACCGCCGACGACGCGGCCCCGCAGCACUCGGUCGAGCUGGUGAGCCUCGAGAACGCGGCCGCGGCCGCCUACGAAGCCGGCUGCUCGCCCGAUCGCAUUCACGGCGCUGUGCACGCAGCGCUCGUCCGUGCGGGCGCGCCGCAGCUCGGCCACAACCCGGCCGAGUUCGGCCUCCUCCCAGUGAUUGGCUCGCCCGGCCUGCUCCUCGGCUUCUGCAGCGGCUGCCUUUAUCACGUCUGUGGCAUCGGGCUCUGGUGCUUGUCAACUUCGGUGGGCGGAGCGCCGCUCGGCGUGCUUGCCGGAGGCGCAUACUCGGGCUUCCUCUUCUUUCAUGGCCGGUACCUCGGCCGCCAGGACGGCGGCGGCGCGCCCGCGGCGUCCGCCUCCGACAUCUUCUACUUUGCCGGCGCCAUGUCCUCGUCCAUUGUCGCCGUACAGCUGGGACGCCAUCGUCCAAGCCAUCGACGGGGACGGCCGCGUGUCGGGGCCCGCCUGCGCCGGCGUCGCCUCCCUCUACCUGCUGCUCGUCCCGCUGCCGCAAGUGGCGCUCGCCGUGCUAAUCUGGCGCCGCUCGCAGCGCGCGGUCGCAUCGAUGCCGCUCCUCCUCUAUCUUGGCUUCCUGCAGAGCGGCGUUGUGCUCUGGUGCAUUGCUCGCGACGCCUCCUCGUCCUCCUCCUGUGACGGCGGAAGCCUCUCCGAAACCUUUCCACGCCUCUGGUCGCUCCUCUUCUCGGCCUGCUGGUGCGUCUCCCUGCUCGUGAUGCGGCACACCGAUCGGCUCAAGGCUCCAGCCUUUGCGUGGGGCGCCACUCUGCCCGCCGUCGUCUACUUUCUUCUCCUGCACAACGCGCUCGGCCUCCUCUGGCCGUGGCAAGACGUCGAGCCCGCCCCCGAGCCCGCUGGGUGGCCUCCCGCCUACUGGUCGGAGGUUGACCACUCCACCGACGGCGAGUGGUUUUGGCCGAAAGAUAUGUACCCGCCCGCCCCGCCCCCGCCGCCCCCGCCUCCCGGCAUCGACCGGCUCGUCGCCACCUCGCACGACCUCUGGCGCUGGCUCCUCUUCAACGCGCUCGGCGUGGCCCCGACGGUCGUGCAUGGCAUGCUCGGCGGCGGCGGCCUCCUCCUCCUCGUCGCCGCAACGGGCAUCCUGCUCGACGCGCUGCGCGUCCUCUCCGCGCUGCAGCUCCUCGUCUCGCCAGAGGCGCACACGCUGCACGCCUUCCUCUACCUCGCCACCUUUGGCGUGGUGGGCGCCCUCGUGACGGCGCUCGCCGCGGUGGUCACCGACAAGACGGUGCAGGCAAAGGCGCAGCAGAUGACGGCCUCGCUCCUGGCCCCGCUGCGCAAGGGCGAGCGCACGGGGUCCGACGGAGGGAGCCGCGUCUCUCUGGGCACGCCGAUGAUGUGAGGGGAAGACCUGGUGAACGAGAUAGAUAGAUACUCACUCGUGUGGGGCCGUGUGUGCACGUUUUCUUUCUUUCUUUCUUUUCCCCGGUGUGCCGGUGAUAGUACUAGCACGCGCCAGUUCGCACCUGUGUCGAGCCUGUCUGCUGUGAGAGAGAGUUGUUUUGUUUAAAUUCUUUUCCCCUGUGAAC